ACACCACUGACUAGCCUUUAUUAGAUUUACCUUAACAUGCUUCACAGUGUUAGCGAGGAACCCCGACACUCAGACGACCCCUCUGAGCUUGGCUCGGGGGGUGGGAUGCGGCAGUAGGGCGCAGUAGAGGAAGCACCUGCGCAGACUCGGUUCUGCGCUGUGAAGCUGAUCAGCUGUUUCUCCCUCAAAGUGAAAGUAAAACUGUUCUCGCUGGCGUCGCAACUCCAGGAUCAGCUGAUCCGACAGGUUCGCUCUUGCUUCUCCGCAGGUGUCCUGGACACGGUGAGUCAGAUGCCAACAUCACGGCAGCCCGAGCCGUUAUUCCUCGCUCUUAAUAACCGCGUGGGAGGACACGCGUGGAGAGGUGAUGGAAACACAGUGAUUGUAAAAGGAAGCAGGUCGCAUUGCGCCUGAUUUCAUCAUCACCAGAGUAAACUCAAAGUGUACUAUUUAAAGGAUGAUUUAUUCAUCAAGGGAACAAAGUGAUCAAACCUACCUGCCUGUGUGCAAAAGUAACUGCCCCAUAAACCAGAUAACUGGUUAUUGUGUUUGAGCCGGUACAGCAUUCAGGAGAGGAAGUUCAGUAGAAUACAGUAAAAUGCAGUAGAACAUGCAUUGGUUUUGACAGCAGGCAGAUGAUGGCGUGCUCAGCAUGCCCACUUCCACCAAACAGGUUCAGACACUGAUGUCCACUUUUCUCAGCUGAAAAUGAUGAGCCGCUGAGCUAAAGAUGCCGCGGCAACCAGCGAGGUGUUCCAGCUGCUGGAAAAGUACUGCAGCAAGAGGUCAAAGCAGGGGUCACCUGAGACGGCAGCGAGGACAAUUGCUGCCUGCCGUGUGAAAGGAAAUGUCCCAGUUAUCUUUCCUCAGGGUCCAACUACCUGUGCAAGUUUCCAGAAGUCUCUGGAGGUCGUGCUUGAUGGAGAAGGUGAGUCUUCCACCUGUGAUGAGGUGCACAACAGGAUGCUCAGUACCUCAGCGCACAUGGAUGACAUCGUCCAGAGGCUGGUGGAGCUGAUCAGAGCGGAGGGAGAUGACAUCGACAGGAAGAUCAAACAGAACCUGGACCUCCAGCAGCAGCUCAGAGACCUGGACUACGACAUGUUCAAGAAGCUUACCUCCAGCGUGCAGAGCCUGGUCCACCCAGCGGAGCGGGCAGUGCCCUCUGAGGUUCAGAUUCAGAGGCAGACGAUCGCUCUGGCCUUCGAAGUGACCAGCAGGCUGUCAGCCACGAGUCUGGUCCACCAGAGGAGGGUGCUGAGCUUUGGAGAGCGGUACAUCCGGGAGAACCACUCGGCUUGGGUGGAGCAGCACGGAGGCUGGGCUGAAGCGUUCAGCAUCGACUGAGCCACACGAACCUCAGAGGAACCUCCAGGCGGAGGUCACCACGCUCUGAAAGUUCAAAUAUUUGACACAUAUUUGUUUUGUAAAAGUAGAAUUUUUUUAAAAUAAACUUUUGAAAAACACA